UCCCUAUUUAUAUGCAUCGACAAAUCUCCCACCAUGGCCCCCAAACGCUCACUCAAGGGACCGUUCUACGACUCAGGCGACGACGACACAGAGGUAGAGCCCAUCGGCAAGCCAACAUCUUCUUUUGAUCGUACGAGCAGUCAGCUCUCGGUCGAGCUCCCAGUCUUCUCAUUUGCAGAACGGUCAAAGUACUCACCAUGGCAUCCAAAGCCUUUGGCAGCUUCUCAAGCAAACGAGCCUGCUUUGAAAAUCUUUCAAGUUUCUCCCCCGCCAAGAAAUAGAUUUCCCACCAAGACGUAUGGCACCAAACGACAGUCGAAAAGAGCAAAGCUUCCACCAGUGCCUACAGAAGAAGGUGAUGAUGAUGAUGAUGACGAUGUUUUCCGGGAUACCAACUAUGAUGAGCUUUUGGCUGGUUCGGAAUUUUCAGGAGGUGAAGGCCCCUUGCCUGCGAAGAGAAGGAAGAACUCAAAAGGGAAGCAAAAGGAGGUCGCGACAUUAAGCGGCGAAAGUGAGAAUGGUACACCUCGUGCAUCAGUAACAAGGAUGCGGACCAGAACGUCUGGAAAGAACGAGAAUCUGAAGAAGAAGAUGCCGACACCUCGCAUACCCUCUUCUACUUCCAAGCCUCGCAGACAUCAAGAGACUAACGAGAGAGAAGGCGGAUUAGUGUCCCGUCUACGCAAACCUAUCGAAACCCCCGCAAAACGGACACUUUGCAAAUUACAACAAAAACGAGCCGGUAUCCCAACAACUUUUCAAUCUCAAGGCACCGACUCUGAUUCAGGUUUUGUGGUCAAAGAUCCUGAAGAUCCGGUCGAUCCUCCGCCUUCCCCACCUAAACGACGGCGCUCGAGCGGUCACAAAAAGCGCAACAGCAAACAAGGAAAUCAUCCCGAUCCAGAUGAUUCAUCCUCCCAUAUGGCGGAAACGUCGGAUGAAGAUAUGGUAGAAGCGAUCAAGCUUGACGAUCCUGAGCGGUUUAAAGCGACAUCGAGAUUACGGCAUACAAGACUAGAAACUGCCCAGCAGAGGAGGAUCAGGAAGUUGAGAAAUAAGAGGCUGGGGAUCAAAGAUGAUUCGUCUGGAUCUGGGGGCGAAGAGAGCGCUUGGGAGGAUGAUGGUGAGGAUGAGCCAAUUUAUGUGAGCUCUGGUGACAACAACGAUGACUACGACAGUGUCCAAGAAGACGAUGUUGCAGAAGAGGACAUCAGCAAUUUCAUUGUCGAUGAUGGCAGUCAACCUUUGGCUGAAGAUCUCCUCCCUCCCGAAUUCUCACGCAACGCUCUUCAAUCUACCGAGUACAAAUUCCGAGUGGUUUUCCAUUACUUUCUUCUUCUUGCUAUGAAAGGUGCUAAACGUGUCUUACCUCUUGAUAAGAAGACGCGGGGGUAUUUUGGGCCUCCCUUGGCGGACUUGAGAAGACGGAUGAAGGACUAUCAAAAUAAUCGGGUUCGAAGCCAGGUGUGGAGCAGAGAGCUGGUUCAGAUACUAGAGAAAUAUCCUUGUCUCCGAACAGAAUACACAGGUGCUGAGAUGGGUUGUGACGCGUGCAACAUAAGCGGGAGGAUCGGCACAAUUACAGUUACCAUCGGAGGCGAACCAUACGAUAAAGAGACCUUUCAAACCCUCCGGGAUAUGGAUGAUGAAAGAAAGGAUGAAGGCAGCGAUAUCAUUUCAGUCUCUUCGGAAGGGAAGGACCCUUCGGACGCCGAUGAAGAUGUGUCUGCGCCUCCGAUAGUACAUUCCAAACUAGUCAUGGGCAAGAUAUGCAAAGCCCGAACACAAGCAUAUCAUCAGCUUUUUCACUGGGAGUACACGCUGUAUCAUCGCAUCCGACGAUACUACAAGAACCUCCUUAGAGCAGCCGGCGAUAUACCUCCCGUCACUUCUGGAUCUGAAAUAGAGCAAUCCGAAGAAGAACCCGACCAGGCGAAGAGUAAUGCAGGAUCUAGACGCAAGUCACAACGGAAUGAGCGAGAAGCAGAGAGAAGGGUAAAAUCGCUCAGGCAGCAAGGUCUGCCAGAUGAUCUUGAAGAGUUGGAUGAUGUUAUGGAAUGGAUGGAAGAAAAAGCUAAUUAUGUGACGGAAGAAUUUGAAUGGAUGGAGCAGCUUGUUGAAAAUGCCGAGCGCCUUGAUAGGGAAAAGGCAACGGAUUGAUAGCUACGUCUUUGAUCUCUAAUAUCUCCUUUUUGAAUCAUGAUUGUAUUGUUAUAAAUUGUAUUUGUUAGGCGUUGUCUUGUAUGUACGUUUUCGGCUUGGCUUUAGUGUAAUGCACAGUUGUCAAGAUUUCGUCACACAACUCGCAGCUUUUCCCGAUUGGUUCUUGUUCAUUCACCUUUAUUAAACUGUAA